AUGAACAAGCUACUUGACUUUUUCCCGUAUGUGCGCUUAACGUACGGAAAUCUGAUCUCGUCCAUAUCGUGCAGCUCGGGAAAUGACGUGAUCAUAAGUGGAGUGAAAUCAAUGAACAGACAGAUCACUCAUAUGACCCUCAACGGUUGCACCAAUGUGGCCGUCCGUAACUUCAAGCUAGUGGCUCCCAAAAACAGCGCAAACACCGACGGCUUUGACGUUCAAUUAUCCACCGGAGUCACAUUCACCGGAAGCACAGUUCAGACCGGAGACGAUUGUGUUGCUAUCGGACCUGGUACUCGCAACUUUCUCAUCUCCAAACUUCCUUGUGGCCCAGGUCAUGGUGUUAGUAUUGGGAGCUUGGCAAAGGAAUUAAACGAAGAUGGAGUAGAGAAUGUGACACUAUCGAGUUCUGUAUUCACCGGCACACAAAACGGCGUGAGGAUAAAGUCGUGGGCGAGACCAAGCACCGGAUUUGUUAAGAACGUCUUCUUCCAAGACCUAAUCAUGAAGAACGUCCAAAACCCUAUCAUAAUCAACCAAAAAUAUUGUCCUGACCACCAAGGUUGCCUUACCGAGCAUUCGGGGGUGAAAAUAAGCCAAGUGACGUAUAAGAACAUACAAGGAACGUCGGAGACAAAGCAAGCAAUGAAGCUGGUAUGCAGCAAGAGCAACCCAUGCACAUAUAUCACAUUACAAGACAUUAAGCUUACUUACAAGAAAGGAACUCAUGCUACUUCAUAUUGUUUCAAUGCUCGUGGGACUAGUCUUGGUGUUAUUCAACCUACUAGCUGUCUAAACCAAUAAAAUCAAAAAUUCUUGGUGUAAAUUUAUUUGGUGUAAGAUGAAAUGGUAAAAUAUUGUUAGGGGAUUGACUUCUUCCUAUUUUAAGUAGGGGUGGGAAAAAAACCCGAACCGAACCGAAACUGAACCAAAGUCUAUUUCAAACCAUUCGGUUGAAGAUUUCUCCAACCCGAAUGGUUCGGUUUUAAACCGAACCGAACCGAAAAACCGAUGGGUUUUUGUAAUUAUUUAAAUUAAAAAUAUUAGUAAUACCAAUAUACUAAAAUUCUAAUACCAUACCACGUAUUUUCCAUUUUUCAUUUAUUAACAUAUAUUCUUCCAACCGAAUAUGUAAUCAUUAAAAUAUUUGAUUUAAAAAAUAGAAAAAUAUGUAUCUUUAUAUUUUUAUAUAUGUAAACAUGGAUGUUAAAUCUAAAUCCAAAACCUAAAACUUAAAGCAAAUUUUAUUAAAAACAAAAGUUUUCCACAACGUCACAUGGAAGAUGAUUCAUUGCAAGCUUUUUAAUAAUGAUAUAAGAGACAUUACUAAUGAUGUUUUUUUUAUUAACUUUCAUUUGUUUUAAUUCUUAUAUAUUUUUGUGACUUUUUAAAGGUUUUUGUUUCAGUUUUAUAUUGAAUUUAGUUCACAUAGUUUAUGUUUACAUAAUUUAAGCUAAAUUUCUCUUAAAAAUUUAAACUAAGAAGAACCUAACUAAGAAGAACCUAAUAAACUGAUCCAAAAAAUAAAUCCAACCGAACCGAAUAUAAACCAAACCAACCCAAACCAAACCAAACUAACUAUGGUUUAUUUCAAUUAGAUAAAUACUAGAACCAAACUAACUAAACCGAACCGAACCCGAACCAAACUGAGGAAAUAACCGAAGUGCCCACCCCUACUUUUAAGCGUCGUUACCGGUGAAUUUAAGAUUCAUGGAACGAUUAUCCAAAUAGUUUCGUGCCCAAUUGCUUUGGAUAUCAACCGGUUAAGGUUAAAGUGCUUGUUUCUAUAAUAAAAUUUAUGUGACAUUACAAACAUACUAGGUGUUUUCCUGCACCAUGUGAAGUGAUAAAUUUUUUAAAAGUUAAAUUAUAUUUAAAAUGAAAUUGAUCAAUAUAUUUUAUUAUUUU